GCUUGCUCUACUAGACAUUUAGACCUGUCCAAUAGUUUGUCCAUAUCACUCAUUCAUACAGAAAUCAUGGACAAGACAAUCAGAGAAGAAGAUGGGUUGUUGAUGCGAAAAUUCACUCCAGGAGAGGAAGUACUUCCUGUUGCUGGAGAGGAUAACAUCCUCAUCACAUCUGCUUUGCCGUAUUGCAACAAUGUUCCUCAUUUAGGCAACAUCAUCGGCAGCACACUGAGUGCGGAUUGCUUCGCAAGAUAUUGCCGGUCUCAAAAUCGCAUAACGGCCUAUGUGUGCGGCACCGACGAGUACGGUACCGCUACAGAAACGCAGGCUCUGAAAGAGGGAAUUACACCACGGCAACUUUGCGACAAGUACUAUUUGCUUCAUAAGGAAACAUACGACUGGUUUGAAUUGAGCUUCAACCACUUCGGCCGUACCUCUACACCACAACAUACCGUGAUCUCCCAAGAUAUCUACUUGAAUCUGUACAAGAAUGAUCUCCUGGAGAAGGAGACCAACAAGCAAUUGUAUUGUUUGAAUGACGAGAAAUUCCUUGCUGAUCGUUUUGUGGAGGGUACAUGCCCGUAUUGUGGGUACGAAGAUGCACGUGGCGACCAGUGCGACAAUUGCACGAGGCCGCUCGACCCAAUCGAAUUGAUAAAUCCACGAUGCAAGAUCGACAAGAGCCAUACCGUCACCACCCGGACUUCCGACCAUAUGUACAUUGAGCUGAAUAAGCUGCAGCCGCAGUUGGAAGUUUGGAUUAAGGAGUCAUGGAAGAAGGGGAAAUGGUCGUCGAAUUCGGUCAUCAAUUCCGAAGGUCAAUUCAUCGAUGCUCGUUUGAAGCAGGGUUUGCGCCCAAGUCCGGUGACUCGUGAUCUCCAGUGGGGUGUUCCUGUACCGGAGGCUCCUGGCCAUGAUGAUGGCAUGAAGGGAAAAGUGCUUUAUGUGUGGUUCGAUGCCCCUGUCGGAUACCCGAGUAUCACCUCAACCUGGAUCAACGACAACUGGAAAAAAUGGUGGUUCAAGCCAGAUGAUGUCAAGUUGUAUCAGUUCAUGGGCAAAGACAACGUGUAUUUCCAUAUCGUCCUCUUCCCCAGCAUGCUGAUUGGCGAUGGUCGUCCAUGGACUAAACUGCACCACAUUUCCACAACAGAAUAUCUCAACUAUGAGGGUGGCAAGUUCUCCAAGUCGAGAGGUGUCGGUGUGUUUGGGCCAGAUGCCAGGAAAACGGGCUUGCCCGCCUCAAUCUUCCGCUAUUACCUGCUGUCAGCCCGUCCCGAAACUGGCGAUACCAUGUUCUCUUGGGGUGAUCUGAUCGCUGCGAACAACAACACGCUUAUCAAGAAUUUUGGCAACUUCAUCAACCGUGUGCUAAAGUUUGUAGCCGGAAAGAACUACGGUGGAGUCCUUCCCGAUUCCAAGGAUCAGCCUGGUCCCCUAUCAGUGGAGACGGACGUCGAUGCCGCAUUCGUCAAGGACAUCAACGCUCUGUUCACAGUUUACAUCGAAACGAUGGACUCUGUCAAGCUGCGGCAAGGUCUGGCACUCGCCAUGCAAAUCUCAAGCCGAGGCAACCAGUACCUCCAAGACUCAGGGCUUGACAACACACUAUUCAACACUCAACCCGAGCGCUGCGCUCAGGUCAUCCUCAGGGCUGUCAACCUCAUCUACGCCAUCUCCGCCAUCAUAUUCCCCUUCAUGCCCGCCAUCUCCGCUACCAUCCUGGAGCAAAUGAACGCCCCCGCCCGAACAGUCGCGAAACAGCUCAGCAUCGACAUCCUCCCCGGGCACCAGAUUGGCAAGCCUAGCCCGCUGUUCAAGCUGAUCGACGAGAAGAAAGCCGACGAGUGGCGGAACAUGUUCGGGGGAACGCGUACGCCUGCGCACGCCCCUCCCCCAGAGCCUGGCGUGUCGAAACGCAAAGCCGCGAGUGGGAAGAAAGCCGCCACGGUGAAGACCGACGGGCCCAAGUCGCCGGAACUGGUCGAGCUAGAGGGCAAGAGGGACAAGCAGGCCCAGCUCGUCAGGGAGAUCAAGGCUGGCAAGGGCCCUGAAGGGGUAGACUUACAGGAGGCACUGGCACAGCUCUUGCGCUUGAAAGCGAGUAUCACUGAGGUCGAAGUGGCGAAUUAG